GAAGCAGGUGUUGGCAGACUGGCUGUCCUAAAUUGUUAUUGUCCACAUGAAAGUGAAGGUUUAAAACCAAUGGAGCGUGUAUAACACAUCCAUACAAUUCAGUCAAAUUGAGCAGUUGGAGACAGUAAAGACGGGUUUACCUUUCACACAAAGCUGAGGAAAGUGGGAUACCUCCAGGGAGUCGCACCUUUUGAGAUGGGUGUGGAAAAAAACAUUCAGGAUCUGCCUAUAAAGCUCUGGUGGCUUCCUUCCUUACUUUGUAUACAGUUACACGAGUAAGCCAACGCCACGAUGCUGACUUUUAUCCAGCUGAUGAUUUUGCUUCUUUGGACGAGCAUUAGCUCAGCUGAUGCGGAGAAACUUUUCCAUAAUCGGGAUCAUUCUGAUGUACUUAAUUCUCAUCAAGCUGAGGUUAUAACAGACAAGUACACAGCAGAGUUAUUUCUCUCUAGAUAUGGAUUCAUUAAGCCAGUGAACUGGGAGGAGAUCCAGUUUGAAGAUUCAGACUCCUCUUUUAAUGAUGACUUCCUGGAUGACCUUCAAGACACGCUCCAGGAAGGAACAUCAGUGCAUCGCUCAAGGGAUGCUCCUCAGGAUGGCGAUCACGACGACCACAGCGGUCUAACCGAGAGCCAGGCGUUUAUUUUAGCACUUAAAGAGUUUCAGACGAUGUCGGGCCUGCCUGCCACAGGUGUGUUUGAUGAGGCCACCAAGGUGGCAAUGAACAAACCGAGGUGUGGAGUCCCAGACAAAGAGAUUGACCCGGACAGUGGUGCCUUAGACGCUGAAAACAGUUCCAGUGACACCUUUAAUGAGACCGAGAGUAACAACACAACCAGUGACUAUUCUCUUGGUUCUGCCGAGUCCUUCAAAGAUGACAUAUUCAAUGUUAAUGACACAGAAAGUAUUCUCAUUUCCAAUGACACCAGCAUGAAUUACACAGACUUAUUUGAUCCCAUUUUAAAUAACACUUCCCUUAACAGCUCACACGAUGUCAACAGUCAAUCAGUGAAUAUAAGCGCCCGGCAGAGCGUAGCAGUGCGACGCAGGAAACGUCACCUCGCCACUCUCGUAUCCAAAAGCAGGCACAAGAGAGAUUUGAGUGAAAGCGGUUACAUGGCCUUUUCGAAGAGGGUGUUGAAAUGGAGGCUGAUAGGAGAAGGAUACAGCAGUCAGUUGUCCAUUGAAGAACAGAGGUACAUCUUCAGACUGGCCUUCAGGAUGUGGAGCGAGGUGUCUCCGCUGGAGUUUGUGGAGGAUACACGUUCCCCUCUGGAGGAUGUUGAUAUCAGACUGGGCUUUGGCACAGGAAGGCAUCUGGGUUGCAACCAGAGGUUUGAUGGCACUGGUCAAGAAUUUGCCCACGCCUGGUUCCUGGGUGAUAUACACUUUGAUGACGAUGAACAUUUUACUGCUCCCAAUUCUGGCAGUGGGAUCAGCCUUCUCAAAGUUGCAGUUCAUGAGAUCGGCCAUGUUCUGGGUCUCCCCCACAUCUACAGAGCUGGCUCUAUAAUGCAGCCCAGCUAUCUUCCCCAGGAGUCAGGCUUUGAGAUGGACUGGACGGACAGGAAGGCCAUCCAGCACCUCUAUGGGGGCUGUAAGGGUCGUUUCAACACAGCCUUUGAUUGGAUCAGAAAGGAGAAGACUCCCUAUGGGGAGGUGGUCAUCCGCUUUAACACCUACUUCAUGAGAGACGACUCGUACUGGCUGUAUGAUAACAGAAAUAACCGAACACGCUAUGGAGAUCCGGUGGCACUGCAGACUGGCUGGCGUGGAAUUCCCAUGGACGGAGUGGAUGCGCAUGUGCAUGUGUGGUCCAGAAAAAGAGAUGCUGUUUACUUCUUUAAAGGUGCUCAGUUCUGGAGGUAUGACAAUGAGAAUGACCAGGUGUUCAGAAAGGACCCUGAAGGUCACCGCUAUCCGAGGUUCAUCUCUGAGGGUUUCCCCGGCGUGUUCAGUCCCAUUGACACGGCCUUCUAUGACAGGAGAGACUCUUGCAUCUACUUCUUCAAAAACACUCUUGUGUAUGCAUUCGACGUGGAAGCCAACCGCUUAGCAAGAGGCUUCCCCAAAAAUAUCAGAGACGUUUUCCCUUCAGUGGUGAGUGGAGACCAUCCAGAUGGCAACAUCGACGCUGCCUACUUCUCCUACACCCACAAUGCCAUCUUUCUACUCAAGGGCACGCGCUUCUGGCAGGUGGUGGGCAGCCGCGAUCGCUGGCGCCGGCCCUUUCUGCCACGAAAUGGCCUGCUGCCACACAAGGAGGUAGAUCAGCACUGGUUCGACAUCUGCAACGUUCAUCCCACUGCACUCAAACUAACCCGCUGAGUUUGCUGAAGCAGAGUCAUUAAACCCUACUGUGUGUACUGAUAGGGUCGACUGAUUCACCUGUUGGAGUAUGUUUACAUGUUGUUAUAUGUGUAGACAUCCAUUAUCUACUAAAAAAAAAGUUUAUUUAUAAUUUAACACCCUAAAGACAAAAUCAAGUGAAUAUUUCUGUUGGCUUACUUUCAAUGAGGUGUGUUAGGCCUAUUAAUAUAUCAGCUGUCUGUCUCUUACUAAGAGGUGCCAAAUGCUUAUUGGCAUGAAAACUAUCCUAAAGGACCUCUUAUGAUUAAGAGGUUUUUAGAGCAUUAGUGAGAAAUGCUUAUUUAUAGAAUGUUAUUUUAAUCUUUAUACAGACACCUCGUUUUACAUACACUGUGCUUUAAGUGUAAAACUUACAA